AACCCUUUUCCAUCCCCAUUCCUACCCUUUUCCCAUCUGCCAAACAUCCCACCUGUGGUGAUGGCAAUGCACUGGACAUCGCUCUGCCUCAUCUUUUCCCCACUAGUGAUAGCCUCUGAAUAUGGCUUACCCAAAUUUAUCUGCAGUCCUAUGCCAUUGGACAUGGAUAAUGGCUGCCAGUCAACUGGCCAGCAACGACAUGGAGCGGCAGCUAACAGUGGAGGCAAUGCCCAUUGGGUGGGGACACUAGAAGAAGCUAAGGAAACAAUCCUGCAUCUGCGAGAGACAGUGGUGCAUCAAAAGGAAAUGAUCCUUGACCAGAGGGAGACAGUGAGGGAACUGACAGCCAAGCUGAGCCGCUGUGAAACCCAUUCCCGGAGGCAUAGUGAGCACCAUGGAAAUCACCAGGAAGAGAAUCAUAGCCAUAACCAUGGCCGUCAUGAAGGUGGGCAUCAGGCCCCUCAUGAUAAUGGUCAAAGGGGACAUCAUGAGGAUGUCCACCAGUCUCACCAUGAAGAUGGCUAUAAGGGACACCAUGAGACUGGCCAUCGAGAUCUCCGUGAAGGCCUCCAUGCCCAAGAGAAUGAGUAUCAUCAGAGUGGACAACUGGAGCACCAUGAACCUCAGGCUGAGCACAACACGCAUGAUUCUUUUCACAAGGGACCUGCAUCUGCUCAUGCUAAUGCUAUGGAAGAGCCACCCAGUGAGGCAUCUGCUGCAAUGCAUGAGAUGGAGAGAGUGUUGAAAUCACUUAAGGAGAGACUAGAGCAUUUACAGCACAAUUGGAAUAGUUCAACCUUCUCCAUGUCCCUGUGGGAUGCUCUUCAGGAAAAGAUAAGCAUUUUGGAACGUCAGAUCCAUGAGAAAUCAAACACUUCAGAACAUCACACAUAUGGUGUACCAAGAACGACUGGGAUGAGACAGAGACAUGUUUCUCAUGGACACACUGGGGAGAAAGGGAACAAGUUAGAGAAGCAUUCUGAACAUUUUCAGGUGGGUUUCCCCCUUCGCACCAACUACAUGUAUGUCAAGAUCAAGCACACUCUGCACCGUGAAAUCUUUGCCUUGUCCAUCUGUCUCUGGCUCAAGUCAAGUUCAGCCCCAGGGAUAGGCACACCUUUCUCCUACUCAGUGCCUGGCCAAGCCAAUGAAGUGGUACUUAUUCAAUGGGGAAAUAACCCCACGGAGUUGCUCAUCAAUGAUAAGGUUGCAACAUUGCCAUUGGCCAUUAAUGAUGCCAAAUGGCAUCACAUCUGUGUGACAUGGUCAACUAGGAAUGGCAAAUGGGAAUCUUACCAGGAUGGUGUCCAAAGAGGGAGUGGGGAGAACCUGGCUCCUUGGCAUCCGGUGAAACCUGGGGGUGUUCUCAUACUAGGCCAGGAGCAGGACACUCUUGGUGGCCGCUUUGAUGCCACUCAAGCUUUCAUUGGGGAAAUCUCCGAUUUCAACAUGUGGAGCUAUAUUGUGACCCCUGGUGAAAUUUACAAGAUGGCAACCUGCAGUAGUUCCCUUGGUGGUGAUCUUAUCAACUGGACUGAAAACUCUAUGGACCUUCAUAGAGAAGUGGUCAAACUACCAUAUCAUGCCUGCCACUAAGAAUCAACAAAAGAAACACGGACAUGACAUUCUCUGGAAGAGAAAAACACCUAAUGGUUAAAGGCAAAGCAUGGGAUGGACUUCAGAUUUAUUUAACAUAGUGGUUGGGAAACCAAAAUGUUUGAGUUCCUUGGGAAAAGAAUGGGGACCUUUAUAUUUGGGACAGGUGCAACAGAGAGUGUAUAUGUAUGCAGCCCAUUAUGGCAGAUCUACAGUGAAGCAUAAUUUGGAAUAUAUAUUGUUUUGUGAAGAUGAGCAAUUUCCAAAAUAAGAAACAUUCCCACAUAUGAUGUCCUAUACUGUGUAUUGGGAUUUUCUUAAUGUAGGAGCAGGAGCAAAAAAAAAAAAGAAAAAAAAAGAAAAAGUUCCUCACGAUGACAACAUGGCCAAUAGGACACUUCAUUCUCAAGUGUACCUUGAUGUUGUAGCAUUGGUCCACUAGGAAGGUACAUAGGAUAGGUCAAAGUCCUAAUUUUGACAAGUAGCUUUCUACAGUAACCUUUUUGGAUAUGAACGUCAGGAACAGGAAAAAAAUUGCAACCAUUUUUUCAGAAUCUUUUUCCUGAAUGAUGUUUCAUUAGAGAAGUAGAUGAACACCUUACCAGGCAGACUGGAUGGACGAUGUCCAGCUGCUAUGUGGUUUUUAUAUUGUGUAUUUUAUUUAUUUUAUUAUAAGCUGCCUACAGCUGCCUACCAUGUGAGAUGGGCAGCUAUAUAAAUCUAACUAACCAACCAACCAACGUGAACAUUCCCAAGAUUCAUUCAUUCAGUCUUCUAGCAUGUAAGCUCUAUACAUAAAAAUGGGUCAUGAGGACAAUAAAAAUGGCAAAGGAUGUAGCAUGGCUUUUUUGUAGAUCAUAUAUAUGACUGAACGAAUCUCAACAUUCCUGUUCAGAUGUUUUCCACCAACUUAAUGGACUCAUACCUUAACCUUCUUCUUUUCAGGAAAUCACGGUCAUGACCCAGUCGUGUCUAGGGGAGGAGCUGUAGGGUAUAUGAAACACAUACCUCUUUAUUAAUCUCUCAGUACCUAAGUUUACUUUUUCUGAAUUCACAAUUUUUCUGUCUCUCAUUCCUUUCCCCCUGCCCUUCCAUCAAUUCAAAUAGUGUUC